AUGGCUUAUCAUCAUCAUCAUCCUAAUACAAUAUUCAGCUUAUUGAUGAGCUCCCUACAAAUCCAAUGCUUGUUAUUAUUACACCACCAAAUCCCACAAAUUCAUGCAAAUAUCAACCACAACAGUAUUAAGGUGAAAACAGAGGUUUUCCUGUCACCCAAAAUUGAGCUUGAGCCUGGGCUGGUCUCCAACAAAUACUAUGUCGACAUCGGUUUUCCACGCGGACACCUUGCCGUCAAGAGCUUCAACGCCGAGCUCGUUGAUGAGGCAGGAAACCCGGUCCCACUUCACGAGACGUACCUCCACCACUGGGUCCUUAACCGGUACUAUCUACUAAAAGACGCGGCGCAAUAUUACCAUACUAACCUCGGGUCCCCACUUGCUGAUGUCAUCCCCGUCAACAACAGCGGACCAUGUGACGACGUGCUGAAGCAGUAUUACGGGAUUGGGGCCGAGACCCGGAAAACGGCCACUUAUGUGCCGGAUCCGUAUGGGGUUGAAGUUGUAAAACUAAAAAUAACUAACCCGACCGAUAUUCCGGAAGGGUACAAGGAAGGGUGGGUGCUGAACGUGCACGCAAUCGAUACGCGUGGGGCCCGGGACAGAUUGGGAUGCACAGAGUGCAGGUGCAAUUUGUACAAUGUGACGGCCGAGAAAGGGUACUUGGGAGGCCUAAGAUGUUGUCGCGACGGGACGAGGUGUGAGGUCGGAGAAGGAUUUCACGGCGUGAAGAAGAGUUUGUACUUGAGGUACACGGUAAAGUAUGCCGAGUGGAACCCAUCAACAAUUGUGCCCGUCAAGAUUUACUUAAUGGACGUCACGGAUGUUUGGACGAGGGGCGACGACUCGGGAGGGGUUAAGGGUGGUAGACACGAUUGUGUGGUGGAGUAUGAUGUGGAUUCUUGUCCGGCGGAUGUGGCCAACAACGGCAGUUGCAUUCACACAAAGACAGCUACGUUUAGUUUUCCUGGCGGUGGCGACGUUAUCUAUGGGGUCGGGCACCAGCAUGCUGCAGCCACCGGCACAACUUUGUAUGGGGAGGGAGGAAGAGUGAUAUGCUCGUCCAACCCAGUCUACGGACAAGGGAACGAGCCGGGAGAUGAGGCCGGCUAUGUUGUGGGGAUGUCCACAUGUUACCCAACACCCGGUUCGGUCAAGAUCUCGGAUGGGGAGAUAUUAACCCUUGUCUCAAAAUACAGCAACGACCAAAGUCACGCAGGCGUCAUGGGGCUUUUCUACAUCCUAGUGGCUCAUCCCUCACACCAACACAAACUUUCCCUUCAUGCUCAAACCCAAGCUUUUACGACUAUGAUGAUGUCCAAAUUCAUUUGGCCAAUCGUUCUCCUUGGAGUUGCGCUUGCUGUCGUCGUUGUUUUUGUGUUGAAGGGUAAGACGGGUGGAGGGGAUGGCUAUGAGGCCAUGAUAUGA